CACCGGGUCCGGAUCACUGUUCCUCAGAGCCAUGUACGACUCUCUCGCCUUGUUGCUGCACAGGCUCGUGCUCUUCUCCGACCUCAGCGCGCUCAAAAGCGCGUGGCCGUGGCGGACAGAGAGAGAGAACGCGUCCCCGACACCACCUCCUCCUCCUCUCCUGGCCGAGCACGCGCACCCGUUGUGCCGCGGGGACGUGCUUGAGGUGCCGCGCACGCUUUUCGUGCACUACGGCAUCUAUCUUGGGGAUGACCGCGUAGCACAUCUCGUGCCCGACAUUCUUCCGGCAAUCACCGGAGAGCGCGCGCUCACCGCGGUCACCAACACGCGCCUCGUUCUCGGCUGCAUGUGCCGGCGCGCGAGCGUGCGCGUGGAUACGGUGGCAGACUUCGCGUACGGCGCCCCGGUGCACGUGAACACCAUGGACCGCAGGCUCUUCCACACGCGUCCCAUAAAGGGAGAGGAGGUCGCGCGCAGUGCCGAGAGACGCGUGGGUCACGUGGCCUACAGCCUGCUGUGGAAUAACUGCGAACAUUUCGUCACCUCCUGCAGAUACGGUACACCUGUGAGUCUGCAGACCGACCAGUUUUGUAGAGGCAUGAAGGCGCUCAUUCGGGAUCAGAGGAGCGUCCUGCUCUCCCUCCUCCUGGGUCUGAUCUCCAUCAUUUACUUCGGCCUGGUACCAGCGACGACAUUACCCACAAUCCUCAUUUCAUUCACACUGUGGAUGGCUGGCUGAAACAGCGUACAGGAUCAUGAACAUGUUGUGGCAGAGAUCUUCACCCUCGUUUCACUCUUCCUCUCGUCCUGUGUUGGAGUAUAAUCACUUCCCCUGAACACAGAUUCCAGCUAGCUCACAGGCAGCACAGGAUCAAGGGCUUCUCACUGCAAGUGCACUUCCCUUUAACAAUGGCAGUGUUUCAUUACAGGGAACUAGUCUACAUAACUAGUGUGCUCACUGCUUGGCUAGUGUUGACUCGCUGACCGGAGUGUGCGUUAAUGGUUAUUCUUUUCAGAACUUAUUCAUCUGCUAUGUUAAGCUGUUUUGAAAAUACUACAGUGCAUUCUGGGUAAAUUACACACACACAGAGUUUCUCAUGCCCUAUAAUAUCAGAGCCCUUAUGUGGUGAGGGGAAGUGAGCAAGUGUACACACACACAAAAGACUGGAAUAUGGAGAAUUUUUGAACAAUAUACAAAUAAGUCCAGUUUUACUGAACUGUUUAUAGUUAUAAUGAUGACAUUCAUAGUGUGUGUGUGUGAAAUGAUAUACAUACUUAUUAGAGUUAUUAAGCACUGACACAGAUCUAUAUUCUUGUUUGUAACUUGGAUUUUUGUAUACAAUAAAUACAUUUUUA